AUGACAGAUAAUGAAACCGUAGUCGGAACGGAGGACGAACUCGGAAAUCCUUCCGACGUGAUAUUUCCGCAUUUUCAAGAACUCGAGAAAAGAUUCUUCGAACUCGUCACCGAUGGAAAUAUCGUCGAAGUACGUCUAUUCCUCGAGGAUCAUCCCGACUUCAAUAUAAACGCCACGAAUUUUCAAGGUGUCAGCGCACUCCAUAUCGCCGUGAAUGAGAGAAACGUGGCAAUGGUCGAGUAUCUAUUGUCUCACCCGGACAUCGAUCCGACCGACACACAUCUACACGCAAUCAGGGAUAAUCAAAUAAGGAUUACCGUGUUAAUAUUGAACAAGCUGAAUGAAUUGACGCCGGGACUCGAGUACGCCGGUGUCACUCACAGUCCCGAUUUCCCAGACGAUACGAUCCCUCUCGCAGUCGCGGCGCAAUACGGACAUUUCGAGAUGAUUGAUAUGCUCAGAUUCCGACAUCAUAUUUUGCAGAAACCCCAUCCGCCCAGUUGCAACUGCGACGAAGUCUGCAAACCGGAAAGAGAUAAGGGUGAUAUCCUGACUAUAGAGAAAAUGAGAUUAUUUCUGUACAACGCGGUAUCGAAUCCGAUAUACAUUUGUCAAACUGAGGAAGAUCCGAUCCUACGAGCGUUUGAAUUAUCUGUCGAACUCAGCAAAGUAGCUUCAUUCGUUAGGGAAUUCUACCCCGAUUACAAAGCCUUAUCCAGAGAGGUGUCUGAUUUCGCGACGGACUUGAUCGGAUUCGCUCGAACAGCCGAAGAAGUCGAGUGUGUAUUAAAGCAAAUUACUGGUUUCGGCCGUAGUUCUACUUUUGCAUAUCCAAGGCUUUUGCUGGCAUUGGAUUACAAGCAAAAGAAUUUCGUGGCUCAUCCGAAUAUACAACAGAUCGUUGAAAAUGCAUGGAUCGGUACCUGGCACGAAUGGAAGGUCAGAAGCACGUGGUUGAAAUGUUUAUCGAUGAUUCUGCAGAUUGGCAUGCUACCUAUCGUAGCCUUUAUCGUACUGUUCGCACCAAACUCGAAACAGACGAAAUUUUACGAGAUCCCGGUCAACAAAUUUCUCUCCUCCGUAGCGAAUUAUUUGAUAUUUCUCACGUUCGUAUUUCUACAAUCGCGCAGCGACAAAACCGAACAGCUUCGUGGACCACCCGAUACCGGAUACGAAUGGAUUCUUGCUAUUUACGUGAUAUCGUAUACAGCUGCAUUUAUCCGACUGUGCAUUGUGGAUGGUCCAGUUAGAUGCUUCAGUACGCGUACAAAUUGGUACGAGCUAAUUAUGCUCGUGCUGUUCAUUCUGACGUUUCUCUUCUGGAUAGUUGCCGCGUUGGACGUUAGAAUGAACGGUCAACGUGACCUAGAAAGAAAGUACUGGCACAAGCACGAUCCGACUUUGAUAGCGGAGGGGAUCUUUUGUGUCGCCACGAUAAUGGCAUUCUUUAAAUUAUUGUUCAUCUGUCAAUUGGAUUAUAAUCUCGGACCCUUGCAGCUCUCUCUGGUUAAAAUGAUCAGAGAUGUCGGCCAUUUUAUCGCGAUAUUCGGUAUCAUCGUUAUGGCCUUCGCAAUCGGACUGUGUCAUCUUUAUCAAUAUUAUGACGGAAUGGUGCAAACCGACGACGAGUCGAAAUUAAAGACGGAGCAGGAGGAUUCUUUUGUCAGUUUCAAAUCCACCUUGAAGACCCUCUUCUGGGCUGUUUUCUGUAUGAGCCCGGUGGAAAGCGCCGAUGUAAUUAUCGAGAAUCUUCCGGGUGAGAGGGAAUCGGAGACGAUAAUUAAUCAGCAUAGCUUUACCGAAUUCAUCGGUUAUUCCGCUUUCGCCAGUUUCCAAUUCAUCUCCGUGAUAGUUGUUCUAAAUAUGCUAAUUGCGUGUAUGGCGAAUACCUUCACCAAAGUGACCGAUAACGUUAACGUAGAAUGGAUUUUUGGCCGAACUGAGGCUUACGUCAAUUUCAUGCUUACGACAACACUUCCACCACCGUUCUGCAUCUUCUCGAUAUUCACGGGGCUGCGGCCGAUGAUCGAAUAUAUAAAAAUAUUGUUUAAGCCGCCGCCUGGCAAACGAGCACGAUGGGACUUUGUGAAUUGUUGCUACAUAGAAGAUCUGGAAAAGAAGAAAGACGAGCGAUUCGCAGAAGUUACGGCGCAACUGGUACAACGUUACCUUCGUCAAUACGAGAGGAGAGUAGAGGAAACGGAUGUGCAAAAACUGAGAAAGGAACUAAUGGAAUUCAGUAAUAUUCUGAAGGAAGCGCUUAGUCCGUCUUAGAUACUUCGACACACAUAUCCUGCGAUCGAUUAUUAAUUUUUCAAUCCUUUACAAUGGCAUAACUCGUGACAAAAACUCCAUUUCUGUAAUAAAGAGUAGAGUAAUCCCUUUUAGGAAAUAAGAAAUAUUUUACCAGA